CAACAGUCAAAAUCCUCCUGCAGAGAGAGUAAAAGAUCAAGAGAGAAAAGAAGCCCAAAUCACAUAUACAGGAAAUAUGUCAAGUAGUCUAAGCAAUAUGUUUGAUGAUCUUCAAGAGCAAAUUUAUUAUGUUCAUUGCGGUUAUUGCGACACCAUCCUGCUGGUUAGUGUUCCAUGCAGCUGCUUAACAGAAGUGGUGAAAGUAAGCUGUGGGCAUUGCACUAGUCUUCUUUCAGUAAACAUGAGAUCCUCAUUUCUUCCUCUCCAUCUUUUUUCACCAUUCCAGCCAGUUUCUCUGGAGCCAACAACAGAAGUUUGCUUUCAUCAGAAAAACAAAUUAGCACUUGAUGAUCAUCAUGCUGUUGAAAAAGGUUCGGAAAACCGCAACCCGCCAGCUCGGGUACUUGCCUCAUUCUCAUCAUCAUCUGAUGAUGAUGAAGAAGAAGAAGAAGGACAGGAAUUGGCCGAAGUGAUCAACAAACCCCCCAGAAAAAAACAAAGGCCUCCGUCAGCUUACAAUCUCUUCAUAGGAGAAGAGAUUCAGAGAUUGAAGGCCAUAUAUCCAACCAUUACUCACAAACAAGCAUUUAGUAUGGCCGCUAAAAAUUGGGCUCAUGUUCCACUGGAUGAAGGUGAAGGAAAUCAGAAAGAUGCCACAUUUAUCUUUUAGGUCUGCAGCUUGAAGCGGUAAUCCAUUAAUCAGAAACUUUUUUCCAGUGAAAUUCUUGAAAUAAUAAUAUCGAUGAUCCGUAGCUUUCAUGGCGGUGAUCAUAUGUUGUGUUAAGAGAUUAGAGUUUGGAAGUUUUAUCAUUAAGUCAAACAUGCAGAGAUGCAUGCAUUAAAAUUUGUGAUCCUCGAAUUUUCAAAUAUUACUUGCAUAUAUAUAUGUUUGAAGUAAUUUCAUCUUACAGAUGAGCGAGCUAGCAAAUUGAUUGAAUUAUAUGCACAAAAUGUGUUACAAUAAAUAAUCUUUCAGGUCCAAAAAUGGCACGCUGAAAGCUGUGGUUUCCCUUAAAAGAAGCUUUAGAUUAAGUCAUCCUGAUAAGCAUUAUCUGGAACUGGAGGAAGACACAUCACGUACGUACAACUGACAGGGCAAAGCUAGGCACAUAUAUAUUCAUCUCUCUUGUUAAUCAUUACCCUUUAUAUUGCAAUAUCUAUCAAGUCUUAAAGACGAUUGUUUUGGAAUGAGCUGUACCGUAAUUUGCUUAAUGAUUACUCUUUUGGUGCAUGGCAUUAUAGAAAAAUACAUGGUACUUAAGCAUGAUCAAUUGAAAAGCAGUAUAGCGUUAUUUUACUUGUUCCACUUUCAUCACAUUCUCAUGAUUAUUUGUCUAAAUUUUAUACAAGAGGAAUGAAUAAUUAGACCGAGAAGAGAACACUGAUAUUGCCUAACUUUUUCCUACAACUAGCUACUUAGUUUCUAUCCAUAGCCCUCCGUCUCACUAAAAGGGGAAAAUUAAUAACAAGAAAGAAAAGAGUUUAGUUAAAGCUAAUUAAGGGAUAGGGCAAUACUGUAUGUAGUAUGAAUUUGGCUAAAUCAAAGCCCUUAAAUAUAUAUUGAUCACUUCCAUUGUCAUCUGCUUGCAAAUUUUGGUGCUUUGUUAACACUUCCACCUGAGAGACAUUGUAUAUAUAUAUGCAUGAACCAAAAAUCAUUAGAGAUCAAUGAAGAUUCUUGGGCAAUUUAUAGAGACCUUCAUAUUUCAAGACAUAUGAUGAUGAUUGAUGAGUUCAUUGAUAUUGAAGCUUACCCGGAAAGGGUCUUGGAGAAAUGGCAUGGAAAUAUGAUUGAAAGAAGUCCUUGUUCUCCUUCAUUAGCUCUCUCCACACUGCAUUAAUUCAUAGACACAAACAUAUAUCAUCAUCAUCUGGCUUCAUAUAUAAUCAGAACCAGAUUUAAUAAACGUGCAUGCCACCAUUAUAUCCAAAUAGCUCACCAUAUCAUCAUUGAUCAUGUGAUCUUUUUUUUUUAAAAAAAAAAAAAUUUUGAAGAAACACGAAACAAAAUGAAAAUUAAUAAUCCAAACAUAUCGAGUCCAUGCAAAACAACUAUAAGUAAUUUAAACUCUACAGAAAAUUUUAACAGAAGAAAGGAAAUCUUCAUAGGGUUUAAUUACCUGUAAGGGUAACCUGUGGACGAAUUCUGGCAUGCACAGCUAAAGCCCUAACGCAUUCAUCUCGAUCCAUAUGAAGCAACAAGCACCUCUCUAUUAAGCUUUGCACCUGCAAACAAAAAUAUUGAAGUAGCUAGUUUUCAUAAGACAACAACGUUUGACGUCCUUUGCAGUAUUAAUCUAGCUAUUUUGUUUGGUAUUGAAAAAAGGGUUUUGCCAUUUUCAUGAAUUGAUAAAAAGAAACAAAGGUACCAUUCGAAUGUAGCUAUGAGGGUGGCAAUGCAAACAUGGUAAAGCUUGAUGGGAUUGGGAGGGAUAACACAUUACUCUCCCCCCUUCUUCACAAAUUAUAAAAUUGUACUAUUAUUGUUUUUCGGAAAUGGACAAAACGUAAAGCAAUGUGAAGUAUAUACUAAAAGAAAUGGUAGUGGGGAAUGAAUGAGGAAUGGGAACAAAAGUUCGAGAAAGAAAAAAAAAAAAAAGAAAGAAAAUUGUGCCCAGGAGAAGAAAUGAAGCUGAAGAUAUUUACACAUUUAAAUGGGGGGAGGGAGUUUGGGAAAGAAAUGAAGAAAUUGAAGUGGGAAAAUUGUUAUCCACAGAUAUCUAAGUGAAGGGCCAAAAAAGCACUAGAAAUCCAAAUAAGAGAUUCACCUCAUCUUUUAAGAGAUAAGAGUUUUUCUUUUUCUUUUUUUUUUUUUUUU